AUGUAUAUCGGACAAAAGGAAGAUAUGUUAACCGUAUUAUGUGGCAAUCCAGAAAAUAUGAACAACUGCUCGCUGGAACCGGAUGUAGAUGGUAAAGAAGUGUCUGGGUGCAGGACCGACACAACUUUUAUAGGUUGUGGAUGCCAGAAAUUUACGAAAUGCUUGGCCUGGUCCAAAGUUAUCAAUGUGGUAGCGUUUGCUUCUGCAGGCAAUAUUUGUUUUGUGGUCCCAAAGCAAAAUAAUCGAUGCGUAGCUAUAAAAAAUGUAGUGAAAGCUCAUGAUUUUCCGAUAACUUGUUUGAGAUUUGUUUCAUGGUAUCAUCAUCCCAACGCUUUUGGUUUGGAUUAUCUCUUAACAGGAGCAGCAGAUGGAACUGUUCGUCUCUGGGCAGUACGAAUAUCAAGCCGAGUAGUUGUUGCAAAGUUAAUCAAUAAUAUUGGAAAUGCAGCAACUGGACGUCCUGUAAAUUGUUGUGCUGGUGCAGUGUUUAGCGAAACAAAUAAGGAUAUUACUGUUGUGAUUUAUGCUAUUCCGGAUGGUUCAUUGGUUGCUGAACAGAUUAUUGUCGAUAGAGUAUCUUUGGAGGGAGUAGAAAAGCAAAGCUAUGAAAGGAUCAUAUUUCAACCUGCUUUCAUUGUUUCUGUUGCUGUUCAUAUUAUUUCAAAUGGUAAUUAUAUUGUUCAUGUUCGGCAUGAUAUAUUGUUCAUUUUGGGGACAACAAGCAAUAAUGUUGAAGUUAUUUGUGCCAAAUUUGCUUUUAUUUCUUCACAGCUACGAAAAGCCGUAACUCUUCAAGGACAUACUGAUUGGAUUUCGAGCAUCGAUAUCCGAGUGUAUGGAAAUGAUAUUUGGUUAGCAAGUGGUGGGCAGGAAAGCAUUCGUAUUUGGCGUUUUGAUCUCUUGCAAGGCAAUGAAGUGUGUACUGAAAACGAUACUCAAUUAAAAGCUCAAUUUACAUUAUUUAAUGAAAAAACUCAAGCUCUCACUUAUACGAUAAACGUCACUCUUCAAGGUAUUUUAAACGCCCAUGAAGAUUGGAUCUAUUCAGUGGAAUGGCAUUUAAGCAAGCUACAACUGUUAAGUGCAUCGAACGAUAAAACAGUAAUCAUAUGGGAACCAUCCGAAACUGCUGAUGGAUUAUGGUUCGAUUCUGUACGUGUAGGUGACGUUGGUGGACAAGCAGUCGGUUUUUUUGGGGCUUGUUUUUCUCCUGAUGGUUACACAAUCCUUGCUUAUUCAUUUUUUGGUGGUUUUUGCUCAUGGCGGGUAGAAAAAGAAGAAAGCAACCACUGGAAAAGCGUUUCAACUUUCGGUGGACAUUCUGGACAAGUUAGAGAUAUCACUUGGGAUCCUACUGGAAGCUACUUGUUAUCCUGUUCAUAUGAUCAAACAACUCGUUGUUAUGCUCCUUCCGUCAACUAUGGUGUAAUAAGUGAAAUUGCUCGACCACAGGUGCAUGGUUAUGACUUGACAAGCAUCGCAUCUCUCUCAAGCAGUUGCUUUGUUUCGGGCGCCGAUGAAAAAAUCCUCCGUGUUUUCGCUGCCCCACGUAACUUCGUUGAAAUGCUAAAGAUUGUUUCAAACUAUGAUUGCCAAAAGCUGUUUCCGGAUCCCACGCAAAUUGCCGGACAUAAUGCAGCCAUCCCAGCGUUAGGUUUAUCAAAUAAGAUUACCGAUUCUGUAAAUAUUCAAGGUAAUGAAAAUUUGGCAACUGGUGAUACUAUGAAUCAUAAUGAUGGUUUCAUAGAAGGAGUGCCUGUUGAGGAAUGCUUAAUGCAAGAUACACUGUGGCCAGAAAUUCACAAAUUAUAUGGGCAUGGAUAUGAAGUAUUUACGGUUGCAUCAAAUCAUUCCGGUACACUCAUUGCAAGUGCAUGCAAAGCAAGUCGUGCUGAAAGUGCCAUCAUCAUCAUAUGGGACAAUAAGGAGUGGAGACGUCGAUGCGAACUACAAUGCCAUAAGCUUACUGUAGUACAAUUAGCCUUCUCAAACAGUGAUUCUUUUCUUCUUUCUGUUUCCCGUGAUAGGACUUUUGCUAUUUCGGCCCGCUCUUCGCAAGAUCCUUUUGAUUUUAAAAUUUUGUUAACGUCGGAGCAGAAGUACAGUAAAGUGCAUUCUCGUAUCAUCUGGUGUUGUGCAUGGACUCCAGAUGAUAAAUAUUUUGUGACUGGAGCAAGAGAUAAGAAGUUAUGUCUUUGGCGUUUUGAUGGGAAUGACAUUCAGCUUGUUGCAGAAAGGAAACAUUUGCAUGCUGUUACGGCAGUAGAUUUUGUACCAAAAUUAUGGAACAAACAUUACAUUUUGGCCGUUGGUUUUGAAAAUGGGGAAAUCGAAAUUGAAAAGUGGAACUUGGACCAAGAUGACAUCAAUAGUAGUGAUAACUGCAUGAAGCGGUGGUUGGCUCAUUCAGAAACGAUAAACAGGCUGAGGUUUCGCCCAAAAGAAGGAUCAUGGUUAGGUGAUGGUGAUGUAAAUAAUCAUAUUUGGGAACUCGCUUCGGCGAGUAAUGAUCAUUCUGUCGUAGUUCAUCAAGUAAUUUUGUUCUAAACAAAUGGAUCUAUUAAAUGAAUUAUUGUGAUGCUUAGUACGUUUAUGUUAAUAGUUGAAACUAGAAUACUUAUUAUGUCAUAAAUUGUUGUUUGGAUAUAAUCAGUUGUUGACUUAACAGCUAUGAUAAUAAAAUUACGAUUGGUUUGACUAGGAAUGGUGAAAUAAGUCAAUCUAAAUCAAUUAAUUGGUUAAUUAUGUAAAUGCAAAAUUUGGAGAUGUGUGUGAAACUGACGGGGCACGUAAAAUGAACCGG